AUCAGUUGGUCUCCUCCCUCCGAGCACAGCUUAUGGCUGCUACCCUUCUUGUUCGCUAAAUACAAUUCAAGCUCUCGUCUUUUUCUUCUUUCGCAGCUUAACAAUGGCUUCCACUCUCUCACUCUCCAUUUACUCCUUGCAAACAAACCCAUCUCCUGAAUUGCCAAAACUCACCAGAACCCAUAAGUUCUCAGUUCGUGCUCCGACCGUCCCCAAAUCGUCCCCUCACAAAAAUCUUAGCACUUCGCUCGAACCCUCACCACAAAAGCAGCAGAAAUCUAGACCCUUUCCCUCUCCAGAACAAAGGGUUGAACUUCCUGACUCGGACCCGCCUUUCUCUGGUUCAUUUUCGUUACUCACUCGUCGUUUGAGAGAUGGGUUCAGAUUUGAUGAGCUGGGAUUCGAGAUUUUGUCAAUUGCAUUGCCUGCUGCUCUUGCUUUGGCUGCUGACCCUAUAGCGUCACUGGUCGAUACAGCCUUUAUUGGUCAUCUCGCGUCUUUGAUGUUACUUAGAUCUGUUGAAUUGGCAGCAGUAGGAGUAUCAAUUUCAAUAUUCAAUCUGGUGUCAAAAUUGUUCAAUGUUCCAUUGCUCAACAUCACAACAUCAUUUGUUGCUGAAGAGCAGGCAUUAGUUAGCAAGCGUGGCAAAGAUCAUGAAUUUGAGGGUCAAGGAAAGAAAGUUCUCCCCUCAGUGUCCACCUCUUUGGCACUUGCUGCUAGCCUUGGCUUUGCAGAAGCUGUUGCACUCUCUGUUGGCGCGAGUUUCUUAAUGAAUAUCAUGGGCAUUCCUGUUGAUUCACCAAUGCGAAUACCGGCUGAAAAUUUUCUCACUUUAAGGGCCUUCGGUUCCCCAGCCAUUGUAAUUGCACUUGCUGCACAAGGUGCAUUCCGUGGAUUUAAGGAUACCAAGACACCUUUGUAUGCAAUUGUUGCAGGCAACAUACUGAAUGCAAUACUGGAUCCAAUACUGAUAUUUUUCUGUGGUUUUGGCACUGGUGGUGCUGCAGUAUCUACUGUGAUUUCUGAAUAUUUGAUUGCUUCUAUCCUUCUAUUGCAAUUGAAUGGAAAGGUUGUCCUGAUCUCUCCAGGUAUUGAUGGGAGAAGAGUGGCACGAUACCUAAAAUCUGGUGGACUCCUUAUUGGAAGGACCAUAGCAUCGCUUGGAACUCUGACCCUGUCAACUUCACUGGCAGCUAGGCAGGGCCCUGUGCCUAUGGCUGGUCAUCAAAUUUGCAUACAAGUCUGGCUGGCAGUGUCCCUGCUUACUGAUGCUUUAGCACUUGCUGGUCAGGCUCUUCUAGCUGCUGGUUACUCCCAAGGGAAUUAUAAACAAGCUCGCCUAGUAAUUUACAAAGUUCUACAGUUAGGUCUAGCUACAGGAGUGGGUUUGGGUGUUCUCUUAUUUCUUGGAUUUGGAGCAUUUGCUAAUCUAUUUAGCACAGAUUCAGAAGUUUUAGAUAUUGCUUGGUCUGGUACUUUGUUUGUUGCUGGAUCCCAGCCAGUGAAUGCCAUUGCAUUUGUUCUUGACGGGCUCUACUAUGGUGUUUCAGACUUUGGAUAUGCCGCAUACUCAAUGGUGGUAGUUGGGCUGACUUCCUGUGCAUUCCUACUUGUUGCCGGUCCUACAUUCAGUCUUCCUGAAGUCUGGACAGGGUUAUUUUUCUUCAUGGCCUUGCGUGUAGUUGCUGGAAUUUGGAGGUUGGGCUCAAGAAGUGGACCGUGGAAAAUGAUUUGGUCUGAAACAGAGCAAGAAAGUGGAUAAGGCAUGCCAAAUCUUUCUAGCUGAUAUUGCUGUUGUCUGCUGAAGAUGUUCAAAAUAUCCCAGCAUCAUGGAUGCAUGAGAAAGAGAUAAUAACAAUAGUAAAAAUCCAACUGAGCAACCAUCGGCACUUGGGCCAUAUUACGUUAAUUCCACAGAAGGCCUCUCUUUUUUGUUCAGUCUUUCUGGGGGCGAUCAGAUUAGAAGAACACACCGAGGUCAAAACUACAUUGGAACGAGUACAACGUUCUCCCACACUAGACCGGCACUGUUGCUUGUUUAGAGGUAGUUGUAUAUAUCAUUCAUAAUUUCCCUUAACAGCGCCUUUUUGUUUAAUUACAAAGAAAUAUUAAAUACACUAUAAUGUUUUUAAGAAUUUUCUUGCGAAAAUUAGCAGCUU